AUGAACGGAUUUGGAAACGUGAAUCAAUUGGGUUCCGUGGCGCAGCAACAUCAGGCUCAGAACAAAAGUAAGAUUAGUGUUAGGGGUUGGCAGAAUGCCACACAGCAAGAUUUGCUAAAUUUUGUGAGUCGGAAAACCAGGUUAGCGAUUCAGAAUUCUUAUGUACAAGGGGAUACGAUAUAUGGGUAUGUGGGUCGUCAUGAAGUUGCGGAGUUGUUGAAGUUCAAUGGGAUUCGGUUUGCGGGGAAUGCGUUAAAGUUUGAGGCAGUUGAUGGGCCGGGGAAUGGGGGUGGGGCUACAUCUAAUACAAUCACGCUUUUGAGGAAUUUUCUGUUUAAGCGGUAUAAUGCGCAUACGAAGAUGCUGGAUCUGGGGAAUUUGUACCAGGACGCGGAGUUGGUGCAGAACGGGUUGUUGUCCACGAUGUCGACUCAGUCGAAGAUGUUUCUUGCGCUUAUGAAGCUUGCGGCUAACGAGCCGCAGUUAGUGGUGGAGUCUGUUAAUUUGUCAAAUAAUAAUUUCAAAGAUGUAAAUGGGAUUUCCACGUUGGCGCAGACUUUUCCGGAGUUGAAAAACCUGUGUUUAGCGAACAAUCAGAUUGCGCGAUUUCACUCGCUGGAUGUAUGGAAAAACAAGUUUAGGCAUUUACGUGAGUUGGUGGUGAUGAACAAUCCGAUUGCAAAUGAGCCUAAUUAUCGUUCAGAGAUGCUGAAGAUAUUUCCAAGGCUGGUAAUACUAGAUAAUACAGUGGUGCGUGAUGAAAAUAAGCUGAAUGCUGUAUACUCGAUGCCUAUGCGCCUCCAGCAGUUUUUCUUUGAGGAUUCUACGCUGGGUUCGUCAUCAAUAGACUUUGUAACCAAGUUUUUGGGGUUUUGGGAUACAGAUAAAAAACAGUUGAUGGGGUUGUAUACCCCGCAGUCACAAUUUUCUGUCAGUGUUGACUCUUCGGUACCAGCAACUACAGUGCCUGAUUCAGAUCAGUCCCCAGUAUUUAGCUACUACCUGCCAUCGUCUCGUAAUAUUAUAAAGGUUUCUAGCGAAAAGUCUAAACAAGAAAGGCUCGCUGUGGGCCCAGAAGCUAUCAGUAACCUGUUCAAGGCGCUGCCAAACACCAAGCAUUUCCUCCAGGAACAACCUGGUAAUUAUUCCCUACAAACUUGGUCUUAUUCCCAAGUCGGUGGCUUCGCCAUCACAUUGCAUGGCUUCUUUAAAGAAAUCUCCAAACCUGAGGUUGAAAACACCAAAUUCUCGGGUUCAAGCAGCAACCGGCACAGAAGAUACAACCAUGGCCACCAAAGCAGCUCCCAGAAUAAGUUAUCAAAAAAGUCUUUCGAUAGAACAUGGAUAAUUGUGCCAAGCCAAGGCAGUGUAAUAAUUGCUUCUGAUCUAUUAACAGUGAGGCCAUACGUAGCCGGUGCGUGGAUAAAAAAGAACGUUGUAGAAAACGUUGUCGACCCUAAUACUAAUACGCCGCAUCACGCACAAAUCACAGAUACCUCCGCUGCCGGCCCCGCUUUCCCACAGUCAAUGGGAGCACCGUUGGUGCUUCAGAUUCCACCAGAAGUUCAGUCCAAGUUAAGCCCUAUCCAAUUAGAACUUUUGAACGGGUUGCACCAGCAUACCAAGUUGAAUGCCGAAUACACUUACAUGUUGGCAGAACAAAGCGGUUGGGAUUAUGAUGUUGCUGUUAAAAGUUUCCAAAGCAGUGUUAACAAUCUACCAAGAAACGCAUUUGUUUAG